CCGCGGGCCGCCCAGGGGCGGGCGCGCCGCUGCAUCCCCAUCCUCGUCGUCGCCCGGCACAGCGCGAGCGGGCGAGUGGCGUGCGGGCCGGAGCGGGCGCAGCGCCGAGGCCCGGCCAUGGCCACCACCAGCACCACGGGCUCCACCCUGCUGCAGCCCCUCAGCAACGCCGUGCAGCUGCCCAUCGACCAGGUCAACUUUGUAGUGUGCCAACUCUUUGCCUUGUUAGCAGCCAUUUGGUUUCGAACUUAUCUACAUUCAAGCAAAACUAGCUCUUUUAUAAGACAUAUAGUUGCUACCCUUUUGGGCCUUUAUCUUGCACUUUUUUGCUUUGGAUGGUAUGCCUUACAUUUUCUCGUGCAGAGUGGGAUUUCCUACUGCAUCAUGAUCAUAAUGGGAGUGGAGAGCGUGCACAAAUACUGUUUUGUGUUUGCUUUGGGAUACCUCACAGUGUGCCAAAUCACUAGAGUCUAUAUCUUUGAUUAUGGACAAUAUUCUGCUGAUUUUUCAGGCCCGAUGAUGAUCAUCACUCAGAAGAUCACCAGUUUGGCUUACGAAAUUCAUGAUGGGAUGUUUCGAAAAGAUGAAGAACUGACUCCAUCACAGAGGGGCUUGGCUGUAAGGCGCAUGCCGAGCCUCCUGGAGUAUGUAAGUUACAACUGUAACUUCAUGGGUAUCCUGGCAGGCCCCCUCUGCUCUUAUAAGGACUACAUUACCUUCAUUGAAGGCAGGUCUUACCACAUGAUACAGUCAAGUGAAAAUGGAAAAGAAGAGGUGCAGUAUGAAAGGACAGAGCCAUCUCCAAACGGGGCCGUUGUUCAGAAGCUCCUGGUGUGUGGGCUCUCCCUGCUCUUGCACUUGACCAUCUCCAGCACAUUGCCCGUGGAGUAUAACAUCGACGAGGGCUUUCGAGCCACAGCUUCAUGGCCAACCAAGGUUACCUAUCUCUAUAUGUCGCUACUGGCUGCCAGACCUAAGUACUAUUUUGCAUGGACCUUAGCUGAUGCUAUUAACAAUGCUGCAGGCUUUGGUUUCAGAGGAUAUGACAGAAAUGGAGCAGCUCAUUGGGACUUGAUUUCCAAUUUGAGAAUUCAGCAAAUAGAGAUGUCAACAAGUUUCAAGAUGUUUCUUGAUAAUUGGAAUAUCCAGACAGCUCUUUGGCUCAAAAGGGUGUGUUAUGAACGGGCAUCCGUCAGUCCAACCAUCCAGACCUUCUUUCUCUCUGCCAUUUGGCAUGGGGUGUACCCAGGAUACUAUCUGACCUUUCUGACGGGGGUGUUGAUGACAUUAGCAGCCCGGGCUAUGAGAAAUAACUUUAGACAUUAUUUCAUCAAAACUCCCCAACUUAAAUUAUUUUAUGACGUCAUAACAUGGGCAGUAACUCAAAUAGUAAUAAGUUACACAGUUGUGCCAUUUGUGCUUCUUUCUAUAAAACCAUCAUUUACGUUUUACAGCUCCUGGUAUUACUGCCUUCACAUCUGUGCUAUUUUAGUAUUAUUGUUGUUGCCAGUGAAAAAAACUCAAAGAGGAAAGAACACACAUGAAAACAUUCAGCUCUCACAGUCCAAAAAGUUUGAUGGAAGAGAAAAUUCUUUGGGAGAGGACAGUUUCUCCACGACAAACAGCAUUUGCAAUCAGAGCCAAGGAAAAGCCUCUAGACCUCCUUCAUCAAGGCAGUGAUGGCGAGGCCCCCAGCCGACUGCCUUUCCUGUUCACUGAAGCCAGUCUCAGCACCUUUGCAAGGGGUUUGUGUUUGUAUGGAGAGAUUCUCUGGGGGGAAAUGGGACAGUUAGGUAGGGAAUUCCCUGUGUACCAGAUUGGAAAUGGAGUGAAGCAGCCCUCCCAUGCCAUGUCCCUGCGGGCCAUGCCUUAUCAAAGACACCUUCGUAUUUCACCGGGGCGCUCAAUCUCAGCACGUGUCCGUCAGGUCCUGUGCGUGCCCUGUUGCUGAAUGUAUGUUGUGUACCCCAAGGCACUGCAGAGGUGGAAGACUGAUCCUGUCAGUCUGGAUGAUUGAGAGGGGUUAACUUUUCCAAAUGAAUGUCUUGCCUUAAACCCUCUAUUUCCUAAAAUAUUGUUCCUAAAUGGUAUUUUCAAGUGUGAUCAUGUGAGAAGAUUAUUUCAAUAUUUGAUGUUGUAUGCUGUAAAGGAAUUUAGAAGGAAUUUGAAACAGGAUAUUUAAGAUGGUAGAUAUUUUAAAAACGCAAUAAACAUCUCAGUAUUUGAAGGGUUUUCUUAAAGUAUCUCAAAUGACUACGGUGCAUAGUGAAACUGUAAGCAGUAAUGGAUGCCAAAUUAUAGGUAGCUUAUUUUGCUGGAGAGCUUAAUUACCUUGUGUCAGUCAGAGAACCCUUCUCCAGGAGGAACUUCUUAAAUAUAAUUAAAGGUUGGGAAUGUGCUAUUUUAAGCUUAUUUUCUUAAAAAAGAGAAGAUGAGGCAGGAAGGCAGGCAUGAGGAAAGCUCUGUGGGGAUGGGGGAUGGACGGGGGUGGAAGGGGUGCUCCCUUUGGCCUGGAGUUCCUUGUGAUUGAGAAGUAAGGUUUAAUAACUCGGCAAUACUUUGGACUUUCAAAUGAAAUUUAUCAAACGUAAAUUACAUAGAAUUAGAAGAGAUAAUGAGAGUAAUAGUGAUAGACUCAAAGGUUUUGAAAGAAGUCUUUAGUGAUUAAGGUUGUCUGGCUAAUCAAUUUCCUAUCCUUGUCACUUUAAUUCCUAUGUGGGAAAGUUUUAGGGAAUCAAAGACUUAAAAGACAUGGAGACCGAAUGACUUUUUUUUUUUUUUUUUUUUUUGCGGUGCUGGGGAUCGAACCCAGGGCAAGCACUCUACCGGCUGAGCUAUCUCCCCAGCCCCGAAUGACAUUUUUUGAGAACAGCAGAACUUAGUUUCCAGACUCUUUUAAUUUCUCACAUUAAAAUUUUGCUGUUAACUCCUGCUAAAAAUGAGUUUUAGAUUCUGUGAGAAGAAAAUGGUGGUUUCUUCUUAUGGGCCACUUCUACCAUGAAUAACCUUGCCUUGGAUCCCGGGCACCUCCGGUAGUCCUGCAGAGUAUUGUGAUGGCGCAGCAGCCAAGAGCAGAGCUGGGACCAGAGGCCAGGCGCUGCAGUUGGGCCCAGCCGCAGAUGCAGGGUGCCUGUGGCAGGGAGGGCACACGAGACCUUUGACCUCACUGUUGCUUGACCCAUCUCUGGUGGAACUUUUCUUUUUGCCUUAAAAUUUUUAAUGAAAUGAAGUUACGUGUCUAUUUUGUUGGAAUGGAUGAGUCUCCAUUUCUGAUCACUAAUAAAUUUAUAAAUGAAGUAGAGGAUAAAACAAAAAUCUGGCAUAAGCUCUGUAGUAUUUAAAGAAAGGCGAAGUCAAUGCACUUGAAACUUCUGUGGUCUCAAAAUGUCAGUGUAUUGUCUUAGAACUUUAGAAAUAGCCUUUCCUUUUAUCUUUCUAAAGACUGACUUUUUUCUGUCUGAUGAGGCAAACCCCACUUCUCCCUCCCAGGUCAGGGUAGAUAGCUAAAUAGCUUUUCUCUGUUUUCCCGUGUAUUGAAAUUAAACUAGUUGCAUAAUGUAAGGUUAGAAGGGAAUGUUCAUGAAAGUGUCUCCCCUCAAAACAUAUUCUCAGUUUAAUUAAUGCUGCAGAGAAUCUGCUUACUGUUAAGAGAAAGUAAACGAAUUUAGAGUAAACCGGAAAGCUCUAUAAAAACUUUCUAGUUUUUUGUUUUCUCAAUUCCCUCAACCUGGCUGCUCACAGAUGGUCACCACUGGUCUCUGUUGCCUGAGUGUGUUUCCUCUCGGCUGUGAGCCCACGUCACUGCUCCCGCUUCUCGCCCAGUGAAGGUCUAACUGCAGAUUAGAUUUGUCUGCAAAGAGCGAGGCAUUGAACUGGCUCCUGGACUCACGUGAGGGUGGCGCUGGCCUGUCCUGUUGGGCUCAUUUUUUACUCCCCCAGAUCUACUAGUGCUUUUUAUGAAAUGGUUUUUGAAUACCUCUCCUCUAAUUUGGAGAAAUAAUCAUGAAUAGGCAAUCUAAAAGAAAAACUAGAAUUCAUUCUAAUUCUUAACUUGAUUUUUCUCAAGAAAAAAAUUAUGUUCGGUAAAAUGAAUAUAUCUCCUUGGAGUGUUAUGAAGAUGAAUUUUUUGCUUCUACUUACAGUAGAAGAAUUAAAAUCUAGCAUAUUUCUACUGCUGUCAAGUAUAAAGGAAUUCAUUGUGAUGUGUGUGCUUGCUUUUCUUUCUUUCUUUUUUUUUUUUUCCAUCAGCAGAAUUAGGAUUCAGUGUGUAUUUAUAUUAUUUUCCCAUUCUUCAGAUACCAUGAAACCACUCCAGAGAUGAUCAGUCAACAUCAUAUUUAUACUUUUGGUUAAUUAUAUACUACUCAGGGAAAAAAAAUGAACAAAAAUAAUUAUUAUUCCCUCAAUUUCAUUUUCUUAAAACUAUAGUCACUUUGACAUGUCACAGCUAUCAUCAUUUUAUAAGUGGCUCAUUCUGUUUUUAAAAUAAGCAUUUUUGUUGGAACUCAGGGUAAUUGGGGAAGUUUACUUUGCUUCUGAAACAUCCAGAAUAAUAGACAAGAUUUAUUUGACUUCAAAAAAUGUCCAGCCACCACUCCGUCGGCCUCCGCCAUCCACUUAGCUAAAAUUUUUGUCAUCAGUCCCCGCCAUGUUUACAGCACACGGGGAUUUCCACGAAUACCACUUCUGAGAAAAUGGGCAGUGAAAGGAGGUUUCCGAAAGUGAGGGUGGCUUCUGAGAGCACUGGCUGGCCUGAGAGGAACCGGCACCUCUGGCUCUGCCCACUGAGUCCCUGUCCUCUGGGCUCACACUCCCCCUUCCCAAGCCAGGGAGAGGAAAGAGGACCGGAAUGGGAGCCAAGUGCAAGGGCGGAUUCACAAAGAGAACGAUUGUGAUUGCUCAUUUUUAUUAUUGGCACUCAGAGCCAUGACUUUUUAAAAGGUUGUCAUAGCAACAGAAGAUUUUUUUUUUUUUUUUUGUUAAGGGGUUGGGGGAUUGAGCCCAAGGGCGUUCUACCACACCCUCCAGCUCUUUUUUAUUUUUGUUUUGAGAGAGGGACUCACUAGGUAACGGAGACUGACCUUGAACAUGUGAUUCUUCUGUCUCAUCUUCUUGAAUCAGUGGGACUGCAGAUGUGUACCAUUGCACCUGACCACAAGAAAACCUUUUUGGUUUUUGUUGUUGUUUGUUUUAGUUUUGGUUUGGAUCUUUUAAAUUUUAUUUUGUUUUGUCUUUGGUACUGGGGAUUGGACCCAGGAGCACUUUACCACUGAACUACAUCCCCAGCCCUACUUUUGAUCCUCCUGCCUCAGCCUCCCCAGUCACCGGGAUUACAGGGGUGUGCCACCUUGCCCAGCUCAGGGGGAGAACAAUCCAUUAGAUCAGGAGGUGUGGCAACACAUUAUUUCUACUGAACAUAGCUCUUAAAAAUUACUUUGAUAGUGAAAUGGUCUCUACUGAAGCAAACAAUGAUUUUGGACUGGGACUGUAGCUCAGCGAUAGAGUGCUCGCCUUGCACAUAUGAGGCACUGAGUUUGAUCCUCAGCACCACAUAAAAAUAAAUAAAUAAAUAAAUAAAGAUAUUGUGUCCAUCUACAACUAAACAAAACAUUUUUUAAAUUUAUUUUUUAUUUUUGGCACUAGGGGUUGAACCCAGAGGCACUAAGCUACUACAUCCCUAGUCCCAGUCCUCCUUUUGGGGUAGGUGACAAGGUCUAAGUUGCUGAGACUGGCCUUGAUUUUGCAAUCAUCCUUUAUGCUUCAUUUUAAACUACAGAAAUAAAUUAAAAUGUUUGCCAUUAAAAUGAUUAUAUAAGUUAUUUUUAGUUAACUCUUAGGACAAACAUUUCCUAUUUAAAAUUCACACCUGUUAAAUAUUUAAUUUGCAUAUUCCUGAACAAAUCUGGACAUUUUUACUCUUGUUUCCUUAUUCAUAAUUAUUGGAUAAUUGGCUUUAUGAGUUCUACAUUAAGACUGAAAAAAGAAAUUACUUGAGAGAAUGAUCGGCUCAGAAUGGUGCCUGUAUUGCUGUCAGCUUAGGAUUUGUCCAGACUUGUAGAUGUCAGUCAGUAUUUUGAGGGGUUUUAAUCAGGCACUAAUAGUCCAUUCUGUUGAAAUAUAAUGCAUCAGAUUUAAGAGAGGUGCAGGAUUCUGACAACACUGUGAAUGCAAUCUGAGUAGCUUCGAGGACCUUACACACCUAUGGCACCUGACCCAGAGGCACCCAAUGAGUGGUUGAUAAUUCAUGCUCUUAUCUUGGAUGCCAAAUUUCUGCUAAUAAAAGUGGGUCUGUACCACUGUGGGCUCCUAAUGGCGAAGGAAGAGAUUGCAUUUAAAAAAAGAAAUCCACUCUGAAAUUGGAGUUUGAAGGAUUAGAAUGUAAAGGGUCUCUGCGGUGUUCUUCCACAACACCAUGUAGUAGUCAAAUCUAUUUAUAGUAAUUCUCCUUACAGUAAGAAAGAAAAUUUUAAAUGAAAUUUUCCACGUUGAUAUUUUGUAGGAGUACACUUCUAAUCAGUGAUUAAGCUGCUUUUUUGAGACUCUUGUUGUACAGAGGAUGCAGCCAAUUACAUUUUAAUUGACAGGCUGCUUAAUAAUAUUUUAUAUGUUUUAAAAUAAUAUUUAUUUUAAUAGGUUUUUAACAUAAAGUUAAACCCCCAGUAAAACCUGACAAGCUCCAUAGGUCAUUGAUUGGGAAAACUUUGUGAACCAAAACUGAAGAGACAUUUUUAUGCCAACUAAAUUGUCUUGCCUUUAAAACUGAUUAUAACUCUUCUUUUAGUAUGACUUUUAUAAAGCAAAAAACAAAAACAAACCCAAGACUCUGUUCUAUAAAUACUAUAAAGAUCCUUGUAAAACUGCUGUCUGACACUUACCAGUGAUACACAGCCGUCUCUCCAGCCAUGUUUUAUCAAAUUUUGCAGCUGUAAAAGGAAAUGGAAAUAUAAUGCAAAACUAAAAGUUACUGAGCGACAUAGGCAAAAUGACUAACCAGUUUCUUAAUAACAUGUUUGAAGUGGAAGAGGUGACUGGCUGCUAUUUACUGUUUCCCGCUAUAUUUUGGAUUAACUUCUUUGAGACGUUGGUUUGUUAAUAUUCCUUUCUGUUCUUUCUCAGAAAAUGACAAACUUACAUCCUGGGGCAUUUUAAAAUAUGCUUCUUUCCCAUUUAAAUAUUUUUGGUUUGGUGUACAUGGAUUUGUCAAUGAAGUACAUUUGCUACUGACUUUUUAUCAUAAGGAAAAAACUCACGUUGAACACAAAUACCAAUCUUGUCUGUUUUCUGUCACCUUUACGUGACAGCUUCUCAAACCAGGAGGGGCAUGACACAGGGCAGAGGGAGUGAGGUAAGAAAACCUGAGGUGAAGCGAGGGAUUGGGUCAUACGCAGGAGGUGUGGGCUGCUUCUUGCCCGCCUUCAGAGCGAGUCUUGACCUCUGCCUGGAAGUCGCUGAGCUUCCGAUACCCAAUCUCGAGGGGAGCAUGGCCGCAGUAGCCGCGGUUGACAGUGUUCACUCCCCUCCCCAGGCAAGAACGCCAUGUGGUGUUCUGUGCUGCUUGUUUUUACUAUUCUAAAAUAUUUUUUUAAAGAAGUGUUAUUUUUCAACAAAUCCAUAGGUCAGUCCUUCCUGUGCAGUGCGUGGACACCAGCACUGUCUGUUCAGCUGUGGCGUCGUGAGUUCUUACCACUUGUUCCUGACCUGUGUCCCCAGAGCUGCUCUGGUGGCUUACUGCUGGGUUUGAAGGUGUGUUGAAUGUACAUGGUUUUCUUUUUCUAAUUUGUGUGUCUUUAAAACUGAUUAAACAGUAGUUUAAAAGAA